AGUAGAGCCAAUUCACCGCAACAUUUUUAUCAAAAUCGAAUCCUUGAUCAAUAUGUAUCACAACCUGCAAACAAGAUCACACUCAGACAACUCAUCGUCUUUGGCCGCAAUUUGUCGGAAGAAAGAAUUAUUCGAAGCGGGAACUAUGUUCGAACCGAACUUCCAAUACGACUGGCUCAUAGAAUCAGAGAUUUUCAAAAUUUGCCAUUUAUUGUCGGAACAAAUCCGCAUAUAUCGAGAGUGUACGAUUUAUAUUGGAGUGCGUUUGAAACAUUAACAAAAUUUCCUCCCAUAAAAAAUAUGGAAGAAAACGAUGAAUUUUGUAAACUCUUGAAAACUUUAUUGAAAGAACAUUUGGUUGUGAUUCCGCAAUUGGCCAUAGGAAUUAUGGAAUGUGGUGGACACUUAACUGGAGGCCAAGUUGACCGUUUUAUGAACACUAUGCUGAGAUCACGUAUAUCGAGAAGAGUUUUGGCCGAACAACAAAUUGCGUUAACCGAAAACUGGCACGAUCCUGCUUACGGAUCGGAUGAAAAUGGCGAAUAUAUUGGAGUGGUAUCGACUAAAUGUAAUGCCAAAGAAAUAAUAGAAAAAUGCGCAAACAUGUCGAGCAGUUCAUACAGAACUUUUUAUAACAUUGAACCACCAACCCUUAUUAUAAAUGGUGAUACCGAUACCAUAUUUUCCUAUAUACCCGAUCAUAUAGAAUAUAUUAUUUACGAAUUAUUAAAAAAUUCUAUGAGGGGUGUAAUAGAGAAGCACGGACGCCUAAUAUCAUCGCAAAGUUCACAAUCAUCUAAGGAGCAGGGAACACAGCUUCCACCAAUUUUAGUGACAAUAUGUUCGGGCCAGACGGACAUCUGCAUCCGUGUGUCAGAUCAAGGUGGCGGAAUCUCCGAUGAAAUAUAUCCGCACAUUUGGUCGUUUUCACGUGCAAGUAAUAACAAGAAACUUUCUCACAAGUUUACGAACUUUUCCAAGGUUCCACGAAUGGCUGCAACGGUGCAAGAAUAUGAACAAUUCGACAUACCUCCAGAUUUACGCCUGGGUAUUGGGUUACCCAUGAGCAAAGUGUAUGCCGAGUACUUGGGUGGAGAGUUAACCAUUUUUACUAUGGACGGUUAUGGCACUGAUGCUUAUGUUAAGAUCACCAGGUUGGGUAAUAAGGAAGAAAACUUGGUGUAA